UGGUCAGAUACAGACACAACACACAAACACAGUCUUCCCCUUCACAUCCAUAAAAACCCAAUCCUUCUCUCAUUUCACAAUUCACAUUCUAAAAAUCAAAAACCCUUUUUCAUUGGAUUCUCUUUCACAUUCUCCAAACACACACACAAAAACAAAAACAUAAAAAACAUAGAAAACAUCAACACUAAACAAACCAAAAACCAAACACAACACAACCUCAAAAAACAAAAAAUGUCAUCUUCUCCUUUUCCUUCUUGUUUCCGUCCCUCUCCAACCACCGACGACCACCGUCUUUCCUCACCACCUCCGCCGCCCCCGCCGCCGCAUUCAACCAACCCUAACCUCGCCACCUAUCUUUACCAAACCGACAUCGGCUUAGUUUCUUUGACUUGGUCACGUUCCAUCCUAGGUCGUUCUCUCCACGUUCAACUCCAUCACCAUCCCUUCGAUUCUCCACCUAACCCUUCUUCUUCCUCCUUCCAUCUCCACAUCAAACCGUUCAUCUUCUGGAAGAAACACGGCACGAAGAAACUCUCUGCGAAUACUCACCUUUUCUGGAACCUCUCGAAAGCGAAAUUCGGGUCAGGACCCGAACCGAACUCCGGUUUCUACGUCGCGGUUGUCGUCGACAACGAGAUGACGCUUCUGGUCGGAGAUUCAAACAAAGACGCGUACGCGAAGUCCAAAUCCAAAGAACCGAAGAAGAAUCAUAGUCAGUAUCUCGUGAUGAAGAGAGAGCAUGUUUACGCUAACAAAAUCUACAACACGAGAGCGAGAUUCGGAGGUAAAAUGAGAGAUAUUCAGAUAGAUUGCGGUGGAAGAGAUCACUCGAAGCUUUGUUUCAGCGUUGAUGGAACGAAAGUGUUGCAGAUAAAGAGACUGAAAUGGAAGUUCAGAGGAAAUGAAAGAGUUGAAAUAUGCGGUGUGCCGGUUCAGAUCUCGUGGGAUGUUUAUAACUGGUUGUUUGUGAAAGAUAACAGCGAGGGUCACGCGAUUUUCAUGUUCAAAUUUGAAGAGGAUGAAGAGGAACAACAUGACAGUGUUAAAGACAAGAGUUUGAUGAGUUUGUGGACUCAGCAGAAUGUGAAUUUGGGAGGGUAUGAGGUGGGGAAAAUGGGUAAGAGUUGGUCUUCUUCGUCGGUUUCGAUGGCGUCUUCCGGUGGAUCUUUUGGGGCGAGUUCAUCGGUUUUGGAAUGGUCGAGUGUUGAGGAGAAUGAAUUGGUUGUUCCUGUUGGGUUUUCUUUGCUUGUUUAUGCAUGGAAACGAUGAAUGCUGGUUCUGGUUUUCUGGUUUUUCUGGUUUAGGUUUUGUUGUGUUCUAUGAUUAUUUUCAUUGGACAAUGUUUUUAACUUAGUUAAGGUUUAGGUUGUUUUUUCUUUACACCAUACUAACACAUUUGAUUUGUGAACAUAGAUUGAAUAAAUCUAGUUUAGGAUUUCCAUGCUUUUGAGGUUAGAUCUAACAGAUUAUUAUUCUUUACAAUGGAGAAGAAGAAGGUCAUAGAUAUUAUCAGUAGGUGAAUGUUGAAUUGAAAGUCUUUGUAUUUUUCAUUUUAUUUUUACUUUUUACUUCUAUUUGUUGAGAAGUGUGGUUGGGCCUAACUCAACCCUACAAAACCGGCUUGAUGUGGGACUCUUAACACACCCCCUCACGCUCAGGACUAGACAACUGGAGCGUGGAAAUAAAUGGUGGGUGGCCCGAUAGCGGAAACCAUAGAAGGUGGCCCACCGGAUCUUAAACCAGGCUCUGAUACCAUGUUGAGAAGUGUGGUUGGGCCUAACUCAACCCUACAAAACCGGCUUGUAGGGUGAGGAUUGCCCCCACUUUAUAAGGACAUGUUCAGGCCAUAUAUUGUCCGAUGUGGGACUCUUAACACUAUUGGCUCAAGGAUUGUGAAACUUGUUGCAAUUAAUGUGACAUUUUUUAUAUGUAACUCAAUUGUGAGAAUGAGAAUCAAAAUUGAUUAUUGCA